AUGGCAAGGAAGGAGGUUCACGAUGAAUGGUUGGUUGCUGUUCUUGAUACUAUUGAUGAAGGUUGGCGGCAACCGAUUAUCCAAUACCUCACUGAUCCUUCUGCACCGGUGGACAAGAGGGUUAGAUAUUUUGCUACUAACUACGUCCUUCGAGGCGGUGAACUAUUGCGCAGGGCAGAAGAUGGCUUGUACCUACGAUGCAUCUAUGGAGCUGAGGCUAAGAGGUUCUUGCGAGAGGUUCAUUGUGGCAAUUGUGGUUCUCACCAAGCCGGUCCAAAGAUGCGUUGGCUCAUUCGCCGAUAUGGUUUGUAUUGGCCUACCAUGCUCAAGGACUGCAUCAGCUUCGCACAUGGUUGCAUCGAGUGUCAAAUGCAUGGGCCAGUCCAGCAUGUGCCUGACGUUCCUCUACAAACUAUCAUUAAACCUUGGCCGGGUCAUGGCUGGGCUUUAGACUUUAUUGGGGAGAUCCACCCCAAUUCUUCCUUGCAGCACAAGCACAUUCUCUUGGCUACAGAUUUCUUCCCCAAAUGGGUCGAGACCAUACCAGUCAAGACAACAUCUUUAAAGGUGAUCACAGACUUCAUCUUCAAAUAUGUUAUCACCAGUCCUUAUUAUGCUCAAGCGAAUGGCCAGGAAGAAGCUAGCAACCGCGUCAUUCUGUCUAUACUUAAGCGAAUGUUGGAUGCAAAUCCCCGAUCGUGGCAUAUAGAGUUGGAUCACACAUUGUGGGCUUAUAGAACUUCCAAGCGUACUCCAACUGGUACUACCCCCUAUGCGUUGAUGUAUGGACAUGAUGCGGUCCUUCCUAUGGAAAUUAAUGUUCAGUCGCUGCGGGUUCGCGAACAGCACCAGUUGAUUGGGGAGGACUAUGUUCAGGCUAUGUUUCAAGAACAUGAGGACUUGGACCUUUGCCGGAUGGAAGCUCUUGAUAGCCUUAUUGCCGAAAAGAAAAAGAUAGCACGACUUUACGACAAACGCACGCGAGGACGCAGCUUUGGAGUGGGGGACUUGGUUUGGAAAGUUUGUUUGCCUUUUGGUGAACGAGUUCAUGGUCGCGGUAAAUGGUCUGCCAAAUGGGAAUGUCCUUAUGUGAUUGAUCGAGUAAUGGGCAAAGGCGCCUACUACCUUCGCGACACUGACGGGAAUGCUCAUCGAAAUCCCAUGAAUGGUCGCCAUCUUAAGAAGUACUUUCCUAGUGUUUGGGAAUAUGAAGAUCCACCGACUGCGGUGCGAGCAAUAUAG